GAAACUAAAAUAGUUUAUAAAUCUUAUCCAGAGAGGCGUACAUUCAACGUAUGCGAGAACAGAUGGAGCUGAUGGAAAGCACAAUGACGAAGAAUGUCAACACAUUACAAGUGAUGACAAACAAGAAUAUGAAGUUCAUUGAAGAAAGUGUCAAAAUGGUGCGAGAGGAAGCGGCCGAAGAACGAAAACAAAUGGUGGAAAUUGUCAAAACUGUGCAAGAGAGGAACGCUAAGAUGGCCAAAGGUGGGUGGAACCCUUGGUCGUUUCCCUUUGGCUGUUUUUAAAUAUUUUUGUUUUCUUUCUUACAAGAUCUGGGUUGCCGAAUACAUAAGUAGGCAGCCUCCCAGGGGAGAACACCCCAUUUCUAUAGUUGGAGGAGGCAAACUGUCGUCUCUAGGGUAUAGUUUCUGUAGCACCUUCACCUCUCGACAAGUAGCCACAUGAUUCUUUCUUUAGUAUUUAUCUUUCUAAUUUUAUUUUUGGAAUUUUACCAUUAUUGUCCGUUUCAUUUUUCUAUUCUUCUUCGUCCUACCCAUGCAGCGCUUUACAAUUUAUCCUUCUGAAAGUAGUAUAACAAGUACUACAACACAACAUCGCAACUCGAGUGUCCUUUGCGAUCUCUGGCCAAGCAUUUAAUUAAUAUUUAAAUUUUGAUUUCAUAGAUUUGGCAGAACAAACUAAAGUAAAGAAAAAAGGACCUCUUGAUGCCCUUAUGGACUUCAUGCCACUUGUCUCGUCAUUUGUAAACAUGAUGGGAUCGUUCAAAAAAGACAAAAAGCCCAACGCUGCAGCAGCAAAACAAACUUAAUCUAAUCUAGAGAUUUUUAGUUUGGAUUUAUAAAUCAUUUGAACGAUGAUAACACAUAACACAAAAUUAAAAAUAUUCGAAAGGAGAAUUGGAGUAAUUUGUUGACUCAGUAGUUAGUGUGUGUUCCUUUCACUUCUGUAACUGGGGAUGGAUUCUUGCAGUAUGCAGGAAUGGCCCUAACUACUACACCUCUAGGAAGAACAGUUUAGAACUAAUAGAGCUAAGUAAGGAGAGAUUUAGUUAAGUUAAGCUUUAAGAAAUUUAAUUUUCUAGUCGCUUUGCACAUUUAUGUGGACCACAAUAUCAAUUUUUCUAUUUACAAUUUCAUACAUGGUAAAGCCUGAUUUCCAUUUUGUCGCGAUGGUCACAAUCAAGGUGAUUGAUGUAAUGUCGAUAUAUUUUUGCAAUAAGAAAAUAGUGAUAUUCACACCGUACAUAGAAGCUGGUCAGUGGCCAUGAUACGACUUGAUAGAAACCAGACUUCAAUAUUGAACAACGAACAAACCCAAAUAACAAAAUGAAUAAUUGUCUCAAUUGCUAAAUUACAAACGAUAUAAUUAUAUACUCUAUUGUCUUGCAAUUUUUUGUCUCUACUGACAGCUUCAUUUCUUCUGUGGUGUACAAACAUACUACUAGAGUAACCCUUUUGCCUCACACGCUUCCCACCCACGUGCUCAGACCAUUGACAGCAAGAUUUCUUGUCUCUUAUUUGAUGGAAAGAUCAAAAUUCACCUCCUAAUUGGACCCGCAUGUUCUGGUCAGAUCAGAGUCUCUAACGCCCCUACAUUUACAAUUUUUUAUCUCUUAGAGAUCCUGGCAAAACUGAAUUGUGUUGAAUUUUUCUGCUUAACCUUUGCAAGACGUCUUCGUUGUGCUUCCAGACGUUUUCGCUCAAUUUCAUCCUUUGAAUAUUUCUUUUGACUGACGGUAGUUAGUUUAGGUGCGGAGUUGUUGUUGCAUGGUUUGGGGAAAUUAGUUGUGGCUGGAGUCUUUGUUGGCGCUUGUGUCAUGGCUUCUGUUAGGACAUC